AUGUCGACCGAAAUGGAAGUUGACCCACCCGUCGCCCAAGACGACAGCAACGCGGAAUCUGGUCGCGGCGUCGAACCUCGGACGCAAAACGGCGCGGUCGCAGUGCGCAGUAUUGAAGGGUGGAUUUUGAUGGUGACCAACAUUCAUGAAGAAGCUUCGGAGGAAGACAUCACCGAUCUCUUCGCCGAAUAUGGAGAGAUUAAGAACUUCACACUCAACUUGGACCGACGGACGGGUUAUGUCAAGGGUUACGCCUUGAUCGAAUACUCCACUCUUCCUGAGGCCUCAGAGGCCAUCAAGGAGUUGAAUGGUGCAAAGCUUCUCGACCAGACGAUCAACGUUGACUAUGCCUUUGUUCGUCCUCCUCCCUCGGGCAAGAACAAGAACCAAGGCCAGAAGAACAUCCGGGGAGCCGCUUCUCGUGGCCGAAGCCGCAGCCCUGAACGCAGCCGCAGUCCCGGAGGUGACAGAGAUUAG